GGUCUGAGCAUUGGUUUUUUUUUGUCUUGCUUUUAGUUAUGUCUGGUCGCGGAAAGCAGGGAGGCAAGGCCCGCGCCAAGGCCAAGUCGCGCUCGUCCCGCGCCGGCCUGCAGUUCCCGGUGGGCCGGGUGCACCGCCUGCUGCGCAAGGGCAACUACGCCGAGCGGGUGGGGGCCGGCGCGCCUGUGUACAUGGCGGCGGUGCUGGAGUACCUGACGGCCGAGAUCCUGGAGCUGGCGGGGAACGCGGCCCGCGACAACAAGAAGACGCGCAUCAUCCCCCGCCACCUGCAGCUGGCCAUCCGCAACGACGAGGAACUGAACAAGCUGCUGGGCAAAGUCACCAUCGCCCAGGGCGGCGUGCUGCCCAACAUCCAGGCAGUUCUCUUACCAAAGAAAACCGAAAGCCACAAAGCCAAAAGCAAAUAAACCAGAACAAGCCAAAGACCAAAGGCUCUUUUUAGAGCCACCCA